GGCCAGUGGUGUCUUUGAAUCGACAGGGAACAGAUCGACUCUUUAAAAAUUAAACAAAAAAUAAUAAUAACAACAAUAACAAUCAAUCAAUGAUCACGGAAUAAGUAGCUCUCGCGUUGCGUUGAAAUGAAUAAUAAAUGAUAAAUAAUUGUGGAGACGUAGGUCAUGGACUGAUUUUUUUUUUUCCUUGAUCCUCGUUGACGGUCUGACGUCAGAUGGAACUCCCCGGAGCUUUUGAUAACCGACGAAUAACGUAACGGAUUUAUUCGUCAAUCGUUGAGUCGGAGGACUGAGAAGUUAAACAUGUAUUUGUGAGGUGUAAAUUGUGAUGUGUAAGUGUAUAAAUACUUGGGUGGAAGUGUUGGAAUCGUAUUGCUGGGAGGGUGCACUCGGUGCUCAGGGAGUUGCACAUUUUCAGUUAAUUUUUUUUUUAGUCUAUUUAUGAGGAUGGAGAGGAGAAUUUGGCAGACUGCCGCUAUCGUUCUCUCGUUUCUCGUUUUUCUGAUGACUCAAAGAGUGGAGUGUUAUCCUCCGGAGUGGCGGAGAUAUCAAUCCCCGAAGAAUAACACCUGGAGGAUUCCCCAGGUGAUGCCAUCCUCGGGAAUAGCUUCCGACCUUGAGAGUGAUGACGUCGUGGGAUCAGAACCGAGGGACAAGGGUCAAGGGUCUCCCCCAGGUGCUGGGGAAAAUGAAGAAAUUGACGAGGAAACCGAGCGACUCCUCGAGGAAGCUUUUCGAUUAUCUCCAGAGGAGCCUGACGAACCCGGGGAUCAAUCCCCCAUCGACGAGAUGCAACUCAGACGAUAUGACUUCAAGCGUGGGAGGAGACCCGGAGGUGUAAUUCCCUCCAAACUUGGUGACGAAAUAAUAUUCCCGGAUCACGGUAAGCUGUCAAAGCUGAAUAAUUAUGGAAGAGUGCCGAUAUGUAGACGUGGAACCUUCUGCGAGGACGUACCGUUCUAUCCCACAGAUCUGAUCAACCGGAUCGUCAGGUCAGACGUAAAUCUCAAGUAUCUACAGAUCAGGGAUGAGCUAGAGCCAACGAUUUCACUGAGAACUUCAGGACAAGACGAAGUCCUUUGCGAAUCAAAGAAACAUGUAAUUCGGCCUAGAGCUGCCCAGAACAGGAAUUACGAAUGGAGAUACAUUGCCAACACUGACAACUUCACUCAGUCCAUUGGUGUGGAAAUAUGCGAAAAUGAUAACUCCGCCUGUAAACUAGUGGACGGCUUCGCUAGUGGCUACAAGACCAUGUGCAAACAAAAUUUUAUCUACCGUGAACUAGUGGCUGUUGUCUCUGGUAAAUUGACAAGGGAAUUAUUUCAAAUACCCACAAGCUGCUGCUGUCAGAUUCAAUUCAUUGGAGAUCCGAGUCUCCGAAUGGGUGUCAACCUGGAGAAGAGUGACACCUGAAUACCAAAAUAAUUCUCCAGGACUUGGGGAAUCCGUCUAUAAAUUCCUUCGACUCCUGGACUUUGUUCCUUUUAUCAAGUGCAAAUGGUCAUCCAAUGGUCAGACCCAGUGUAAUUGUAAUCGUUAAGAGAUAUUUAGUAUCGAACAUUAAAUCCUAUCAAUACCUCUGCAGUGAUUUUCACAGAGUUCUUAAUUGAUAAUCCUUUUGGCAAUUGCUACAGGAUAUUUUAACGUUGUGGGUAAUUCAGUCAAUCAUCAACGGAGAUUUUUUUACAAUGACCUAGUCUGUAAGAUUUAAUAUAUCGAAAUAUAUUUAUGAGAUUGUAUAAUUCCUUAUGUGUAUGCGGUUAGAGAACUUCAUUGUGAUAUUACAAUUGUGAUUCAAUUCGAGGUGUAAUUAUUAUUUUGAUGAAUAAUAUUGUCAAUUUACUGAUGGAUUUGUCGCAUUUGUGGAAAUUCAUUGAAUGUUUUAUUUCAUUCGGGGUUUCAGGUAUUCAAUCAGUCACAAGACGUUGGGGGUCUCGAUUCUUUUAUCAAUGAGAUCAUCAAUUGAUUAAUUCUAUUGCCAAGUGAUAAGUCAG